AUGGAACUUUCACAUUGCAAUGAAUUAGCCUUAACAUUGGAAAAAACUUUGUCUCCGAUACUAGAGGAACGUAGACGAGCAGAAAACCUAUUGGCAUCUACAGAACGCCAUCCGGGAUAUUCAGUCUGCCUACUUGCUCUUCUCCAAGAUACAAAUAGAUCAAAAAACAUUCGUCUUUCUGCAGCAACAAUGUUAAAGAACUUUAUUAAACGUUACUGGAAAACGGAGGCGGAAUCUGAUAACUUGAUACCCGAUACUGACCGUGAGCAAUUGAAGGCUCAACUGAUUAAUGCCAUGUUAACUAGCACUGGAUCUAGUCAGCAUAUGCUCUCAGAAGCUAUCGGUUUGAUCGGGCGCGAAGAUUUUCCUGCUCGUUGGCCUAGUUUGUUACCUGAUAUUAUCCAACGAAUUACUCAACUCGGGACCGAACUCGAUAGCGUUCACGGUCUUCUCUAUACUGCUCACUCCUUGUUUAAAAGGUAUCGUCAUGAGAUGAGAUCUGACGAGCUUUUCACUGAAAUGAAACUCGUAAUUGAACAGUUUGGGCAACCGCUAACAACCUUAACGGUUAAUCUCAUGAACCUGAUUGUUGGUCCUAAUCGUUCAACUGAUGGUAACCAGUUGGUCCCGGUUAUCCGAGCUUUACUUCUUGUUUGCAAGAUUUUCCUCAGUCUUAACUGUCAGGUAACUUUAUUUUCUAUUAUUCCCUUAAUUCAUUGUUUUGUUCAUGUAUGUACAAUGUUCUGCUCUAAUGAGCUCUUGAAAUUGCUUAAUUUAUUUAAGAAUUAA